AUGCACUGGGGGGUUGGCUUGGCCUCGUCCAGGCCGUGCGUGGUGGACCUGAGCUGGAACCAGAGCGUCUCCUUGGGCUGGUGGGCCGCGUCCGAGGAGCCCUUCUCCUUUUAUGGGGACAUCAUCGCUUUCCCUUUGCAGGAUUACGGUGGAAUCAUGGCAGGGCUGGGCUCCGAUCCCUGGUGGAAGAAAACCCUUUACUUGACCGGGGGAGCUUUGCUGGCCGCAGCUGCGUAUCUGUUCCACGAACUUCUGGUCAUUAGGAAACAGCAAGAGCUUGACUCCAAAGAUGCUAUUAUUUUACAUCAGUUUGCAAGACCUAACCAUGGUGUACCCAGUUUAUCUCCUUUUUGUUUGAAAAUGGAAACUUAUUUACGGAUGGCUGACUUACCAUAUCAGAACUAUUUUGGUGGAAAGCUGUCUGCUCAAGGUAAAAUGCCUUGGAUUGAAUAUAAUAAUGAGACAGUGUCUGGCACAGAGUUCAUAAUUGACUUUUUGGAAGAGAAACUGGGAGUGAACCUGAACAAGAACCUUGGCCCUCAUGAGAGAGCUGUGUCGCGAGCCGUAACCAAGAUGGUGGAGGAGCACUUCUACUGGACAUUAGCUUAUUGCCAGUGGGUGGACAAUCUCAAUGAGACCCGGAAGAUGCUGUCUCUUAGUGGUGGUGGUCCCUUCAGUAACCUGCUGAGGUGGGUCGUGUGCCACAUAACCAAAGGAAUUGUGAAGCUCGAGAUGCAUGGCCACGGCAUUGGCCGCUUCUCAGAGGAGGAGAUUUACAUGCUGAUGGAGAAGGACAUGCGGUCUUUAGCAGGGCUCUUGGGUGACAAGAAGUACAUCAUGGGACCCAAGCUUUCCACUCUUGAUGCCACCAUCUUUGGACACUUGGCACAAGCAAUGUGGACUUUACCAGGGACAAGACCUGAGCGACUAAUCAAAGGUGAACUGAUUAACCUUGCCAUGUACUGUGAGAGGAUCAGGAAAUUCUGGCCCGAGUGGCACCAUGAUGAUGACAAUACCAUCUAUGAGUCUGAAGAGAGCAGUGAAUGCAGCAAGACCCACACACCCCUGCUGGAUUUCAGCUUUUACUCAAGGACAGAGACCUUUGAAGACGAGGGAGCCGAGAACAGUUUUUCCAGAACCCCAGACACAGAUUUCACUGGACACUCGCUCUUCGAUUCUGAUGUGGACAUGGAUGAAUACAUGGGCCAUGAACAGUGCAAGUGACAAUGGCCUCGCUGACCCUCUUCCUUGGGAGCUGCCACU